CUUUUCCAUCUCUCUUCUCCAUUCUUGUAGAAUACCUGAAAAAUUCAACUGGAGAAGGGACAUAAAGGAGAGAAUUUUAGUUGCGUGAUAAACAUGAAGAUGCAGAGGAGAAAUCCUCGUCUUUUGGUGGCUUUCUUUGUUGUACUCGCUGCCAUAGAGGCCACCUUUGUCCUGGCUCAAGGCAACGGUAAUGGGAAUGGAAACUCAAACAACAGGACGGCAGCCCAGGAAGCUGCUUCAACUCAUUACACAAUGUUGUCAUCAACAGCAAAAGGGCAAGAGCGCGCUUUCUGCAGAGCCAGAGGAGCCUGCUACUUCAAGACCCUCGUGUGUCCGACAGAAUGCCCACAGCGGAAGCCCAAGAAGAACAGGAAGAAGAAGGGUUGCUUCAUUGACUGCAGUAGCAAGUGUGAAGUUACUUGCAAGUAUAGAAAAGCAAAAUGUACUGGAUAUGGCUCUCUCUGUUAUGACCCUCGCUUCAUUGGGGGUGAUGGAGUGAUGUUCUACUUCCAUGGCGCAAAGGGAGGAGACUUCGCCAUUGUAUCAGACGAUAACCUUCACAUCAACGCACACUUCAUCGGAACCCGACCUGCAACAAGAACCCGUGACUUUACAUGGGUCCAAGCCCUCUCUGUCAUGUUCGACACCCACACUCUCGUCAUUGCUGCAGACAGGGUUUCUCACUGGGACGAUGACGUUGAUGCCCUCAUAGUAAGGUGGGAUGGGGAGACAGUUACCAUUCCCACAGAUGGAGAGGCCGAGUGGAGGGUGGAUUGUGGAGAGAGAGAAGUGGUGGUGGAAAGAACUGAUGAUACUAACAGUGUAAGGGUGACGGUGGGUGGACUGGUGGAAAUGGAUGUGAGGGUGACACCCGUUGGAGCAGACGAGAACCGGGUCCACAACUACCAGUUACCAGCGGACGAUGCGUUUGCUCACUUGGAAACGCAGUUUAGGUUUAAAAACCUGACAGAAAACGUGGAGGGGGUGUUGGGCAAAACUUACCGUCCAGGCUAUGUUUCCCCAGUCAAGAGAGGGGUCCCCAUGCCCGUGAUGGGUGGGGAAGACAAGUACAGAACUCCAUCCCUGUUUUCACCGUUCUGCAAGCUCUGCAGGUUCCAACCACAAGUUGGUCUCACCUCCGCUCAGGGUGUAUCUGAAUACUGAUAUUCUAUCAAAGAAAAAAUUAAAAAUAAGAAAAAUGCUCUUUGUGUUUGGAUUGUUUACAAAAAUAAGGGCUCUUAAAAUGCCCAUUGGGUAUUCGUUUCAUGUAAGAAGUAUGUAUGUAUGUUUACAACAGGAAGCAGUUUCAAAGGUAGAAGCUCCUUGAACUGAUCUUUUUGUUGAACAAACACCAGCAAAAUGCACCAUAAAUCCUCUUUUAAUUAAUCAGAUGGGUUUAAGCAUAACUCA